AUGGCCCAUCACGGCUCUGGUUGGACCCCAAUUGAGCUGGAGACCCUCGAUGCAAAAUUUCUUAGCUCCCGGACCUCGGGAACGGCCUUCCCGCAUGACUCAGCCGGUGAUGUCACCCGUUGCAGACUGCGUCGUUACGAGGGUUCUGCAUGCAGUAUGCAGGGCGAGAAGCAGGACAUGUUGCAUUGA